AUGUCAGAUACCCCAGUUUCCACCACUUCUUUGCAGAACUUUGAACUUGUAGAAGAGGAUUUGGAAAUAAUUCGUAAGCAAAGGGUUAAUGGCCGUACCUUCUUCAAGAUAACCAAAGACGAACUCGAACGACAUGGAAUGAAAUUGGGACCUGCAACAACGCUCGUAGAAUUUGCCAAGGAGUGUAAGGAAAGAAAGUUGAGGGCCUUCUCCUCGUACAAGACUAAGAAGGAUUUAAGUGAGGUGUUGCGAAAGUAUGGGAUCGAUGGUAACGGGAUAGGAGCAAUUAGUCAAUUUCCGCCAAAAACAUAUUCACUCGAAAAUGAAGACAAGGAAUUGAAACAAUGCAUAAGGGAAUUAAAGCGACGAUUGAGUAAUAUGGGGAGUGUUGUAGCAGAUAGUAACGAAGCCAUGCGAUUCAUUGGUGAAGAAAGUACCAGUCAUGUCGAUUAUGCGAUCAAGGCUCUUGAAGAGCUUAUCUGCAUCACGGAAGGGAAAUCAUAUCAGGUGAACAUUAGCUUCGCUCAGAAUCUGAUCCAAUGCGAGAGUGCUUUGCAAGUUAACAAGAAGAAACGUAAAACCCUCGAGGAUAACUUCGACUAUAUCUAUGGAAUUGUCACAACGGCCACUGAGUGGUAUUUUAUCCUUUAUACUACGGGAAAAAUUUCCUGCACAAGUCAAGAUCCACUCAACAUCCGGCUUGUCAGAUCUGCCUUGAAUGAGAAUUCGGAGGCCGAAAAGGAGUUGUGUAAAAACGUGAAGCAGGUGAUGGAGGUCAUUGUUGGGUUACUGAAGGAUAGGUUAGAGGUUGAGAGGGAACCGUCGAAAAAAAAGAAACGGGUUCAAGGGUAUUUUGAAAAACAGGAGAUUUGA